AUGUGGUCACCCAGACAAUCAGAGAGGUCAAUAGGCCGAAUAGUUAUUGCACAUCCGAGCGAAGGUGAAAGAUAUUACCUUAGGAUUCUGUUGUCAAAAAUCCGUUGUCCUAAAUCAUAUGAUGAUUUGAAAAUUUUUAACGGACUCAAAGUUGACACGUUUCGGGAAUCGGCAUUGCUCCGUGGUUAUUUGAUGGAUGACAAUAGUCAACAGUUGUGUUUGCAGGAGGCAUCCGUUUUCCAUAUGCCAUAUGAGUUACAAAGACUAUUUGCAACCAUCCUUGUUUACACGUGCCCAAAUAAUCCCCGUCAACUAUGGUCAUCUUUUGAAGACAUGAUGUUGGAAGAUCUUGUAAAGUCCAACAAAUACACACAUAGAGAGGCGAGAAAGCGUGCGCUACAACAAGUUGAUUUCUUUCUUCAAUCAAUUGGAAAGCAGCUUCAUGAUUUCGAUGUGCUACCUAUUGAUUUUUCAUACAAUGAUUUACAAGAUGAAACAAGAGAUAUUAGAGCUGAAAAAAGUAUAGUUGUAUCUGAGGCUGAUCUGAGAGCAAUAGAAAACUUGAAUGAAAAACAAAGAUUAGCAUUCAAUGAAAUUAUUGGAAGAGUCAACCAUCACAAGGUGACAUUGCUCUAG